AGCUGUCUGUCUGAGCUCCUCCUAAUCAUUCCGCAAGGGCGGGGGUGCAGAACUCUGCCGGGGGCUGGAGCCUGCCGCCUCCCAUAAAUUGCAGUGGGCAGGGCUGAACUCCGAGACUCCAUGCGCUGCCCUGACCCCCCACCCCCACCCGUCCCCGGAGCCCUGGCCUCCUGAAGAGGCCCCUGAACCCCUCCUUCUCCCUGAACCUCUUUCUUCCUCUGAGCCCUUCCCUUCCUCACCAGCUCCCUCCUCUUCCCUAUUUACAGAUCCUAGCUAGUAAGCCAUAGGGGAGUGCCUUUUUCAUGCCUGCCUGUUUACAUGCAUGAGUGGGCUUAAUCCUCGGGAGGAAACUGAGGCUCAGAAAGGGUAGGCAGCUUGCCUGAGGACAGCUAGAGUAGGGGAGGCUGGAUUUGAACCUGGGCAGUCUGUGCCCUGUGGUGGUUGUUAAGAAGCAGUUCCUUAGUGCCCAUUUUAUUUGGAUUAUUUGGGGCUUUUUGGUGGUAACUUGAAUAUGUUCUUUAUAUAUUUUGGAUAUUAACUCCUUUUUGGAUAGAUCAUUUGCAAAUACCUUCUCCCACUAAGAGCCUGCCCACCUAGAGCUGAAAGCCCCAGGGCAGCCACUGAGGAGAGAAGGCUUUAGGGCAGCCCAAGAAAGCAGCAAACUGACCCCAAGGGUACACAGAGGUCAUCCGAGCUGAGUUUUCCUAACCUAAAGGUUACUUUCAACUGGGGUUGAGAGGGGUCUGAAAAAACCCUGACCUAAUAGCCACUUGUAUGGGGUUCCUGUUAUGCACCAAGCACUGUUCAGAGACUAUGCACCAAGACUGUGUUCAGAGCUGUGGGGGAGGCCCAGAUGCCAGUACUGGGAGUUCUAAGAUGGAGGAAAUAAUCCUCACCUGCUGCCCAACCUGCUUCUCAGGAAACAGGUUGGUGUCCAAGGUCACCAGCUAGCAAGUGGUGGGGCUGGGAUUUGAAUCCAAGCAGUCAGGCUGGGAAGUUGAGGGCACGCCAUUCUCCUAGUUACUAUGAUUCUGCCACCCAGAAAUAUGAAGAGACUGACUUCAGCUUCGCACUUAGAUGUCGUCAUUACCCUUGGAUUCAAUCCUAUGAAAUGCUUUGGGCCCCCACUGAAGCCCUACAGUGAGUCUGAAUCCUGGCCACACCCGUAGAGGUGUCAGAACUGAGUGGCUGUUGGCAUGUGAGAACAGAGGGGUGAGGAGCAUAAAGAAGGCCCCCCUGACCCUCAAGGCGCCCAUGAAGGACAGUGCUACCAGCCUCUGGUCAAUGCUGACUGGGCAUCCAGCUCUGUGCUCCUUCGGAGUUUGAGUUUCCCUAUGUGCACAGCAAAGGCUGCACUGCCUGACCUCUUUCAAAUCGCAACCCCUCUUUGGCAAUUGAAUGAAAGACACAAGCCCUGGAAAAUGCAUAGGCAUGAAAAAAUUUGCAUACACUUUCUGCGGGGUUGGGUGGGGGUGUCCGUAAACUCCAGGCGUAAGCUGUUGGAAGGCAGUGUGGGGAACUGUUUAGGUUCCUGGGCUCUGGGGACACAGAGACACAGGUUCAGAUCCUGACUGCCCCCACAUACUAGUUCUAUGACCUUGUUAUAGAACCCAGAGGGCUUUCACCUCUCUGAGCCUUAUUCUUCUUAAUCAUAAAAUGCGUAAUUAUCACCUCACCAUGCCGUUGUGAGAACCAACUGAGACCCUGCAAGAAAGGCUUUAGCCUGGCCAACACUGUAGUGAGGCAUCAGCAGAUGAGGACUUCCAAUAUUCAAGGAGCUAUUUCUCCAAGGGUGACCCUUGGACCACCUGGAUCAGAAUCCCCUGGGAGAACUCGUUAAAUGCAGAUUACUGGGCUUCUGGCCCAGAAAGCCUGAUUCUGCGGGUCUGGGAUGGAGGCAACGAGUGUACAUUUUAAACCAGUCUCUGCCUCUCAAUUCUGAUUGGAGUUAGUCUAAGAAGCACUAUGGCUUUACAACCUCUACAGUCUAGGUCCCGUAGGCUGGGAAGAACAGAAAACAGGUGCACGGGCGGGGCAAUGGACGCCUCUGGGUGCCCGUCCACUCUGGGGACGGACAUAUCCCGGGCUACCCACCCCCUACCUUCCAAUGGAUCUUGGCGUCUCACCGUGCCUCUGCCCCCUCGCGCCGCCAGGCUACCACAGGGAGGGGCGAAAGGAUAAGGCUUCCCGGGUGAGGGGGGCAGAAAGGAAAGCGAAACUCGUCUUUCCAGAACUUUCACUUUCGCCGCCUCCGCGCGCCACCCAGGUGGCUUCGCGAUCCACUCUCGCGCUGGGGUCCCGCUCUCCCCGGGACCUGGCCCCUCCGGCGCACGGCGGCUCGGAUGGCCGGCGACCCCUGGCGGAGGGAGGAGAGGCAGGUUCCCGACGGCAGGCGACCGAUGGCGGGGGCCGGGGGUCCCCAGCGCUUCCGCGACUGGCUGGUGGCGCAGAUCGAGAGCGGGCGCUAUGCGGGGUUGCGCUGGGAGGACGCAGGCAAGACCCUCUUCCGCAUCCCCUGGAAACACGCGGCCCAGCAGGGCUACCAGGCGCAGCAGGACGCGGCGCUCUUCAGGGCCUGGGCCAUACACAAGGGCAGGCACCUAGAGGGCAUUGACAAGGAGGACCCCCCCACAUGGAAGACCCGGCUCCGCUGUGCCCUCAACAAGAGUGCUGACUUCUGUGAGGUGCGUGAGCGCAGCCAGCUGGACAUCUCCGACCCCUACAAGGUCUACCGGAUUGUGUCCGGCAGUGCCCAUGGCCCAGUGGCCAGGACUUGCGCCCCGCCUGGGAAGAAGAACAUCCUCCGGAGCCGGCAGGAGCCCCCUGGAGAUGUGACAGAGCUGGUGGCCCACAGGACAGACCAGGUUGGCUCCAGAUCAACCACAGAGGAUAAGGACAAGGAGGGCCCCCCCAGGCUGGCCCAGCAGGGCUCCCUGCCACCAGCUGUCCCAGGCCCUCUGACUGACCACAGGUACCAGGCGCAGGACCCCACACACCGCUGGAGCCCAUCACCCUCUGAGGACUUCAGCAACCCCGAUUGCUGGCUGCACGUGCGGCUGUUCUACGGCGCGGAGCUGGUGCGUGAGGCCACCUCGCGCACGGCCGAGGGCUGCCGCCUGAGCCCCGAGGCAGUCAACGCGGCCGAGCGCCUGCUGGGGCCGCCACCGCGCGUCGCGCAGGUCGGCUUCCCGGAGCCGCCGCCCGGCGCCCGCGUGCUGCAGCGCCUGCUGCGACACCUGGAACGCGGCGUGCUGUUGUGGGUGGCCCCCGAGGGCGUGUUCGCCAAGCGCCUGUGCCGGGGCCGCGUGUACUGGCGCGGCCCGCUCGCCCCGCACCGCGCGCAGCCCAACAAGCUGGAGCGCGAGCGCACCUGCCAGCUGCUCGACACGCGCCGCUUCCUCGAGGAACUGCGCGCCCACCUGCAGGAUGGCCACCAGGAACCUGAGUACCAGAUCCGUCUGUGCUUUGGCGAGGAGUACCCAGGGCCCCCAGACCAGCCCGAGGAGCGACUCAUCAUGGCCCACGUGGAGCCCGUCUUCGCCCGCGAGCUCUUCCUGCACUGGAAGCGCCACUACCACGGUGCCACGGCCAAGGCGGGUCCCCAGCCCCGCAUCUCCGAUGGUAUCACUCACCUGCUGCCACAGCUGAGUCAGCACUAAGGGGUCACUUCCUCCCCCCCUCCCCUCAGAAGUCAGCACCUCCCCACCAGCGGACCCCAUCCCAGACCUGCCCAAAGAGCCAGUGGACUUGGGACUGCCCCCCGCUCAUCGCCCAGGUCGGUGGGGACAGCGGAAGCAGAUCCCUGCCCUUCAACCUCCCCGCCGCAGAGAUGCAGCCCUGGAACGCGGCGCGUGGGCAGACGGCAAGCAGCUGGGCCUGAGAAAUCAGGAGGAAACCAAACUAGACCUUGAGGUUCUGGAGACAGCAGUUACGGCAGAAACAAGACUUCAUUUCUUGUUGAGAGCACAAGAGGUCUGCAGUGGUCUGCUUGAGUGCCCAUUUUACCUGCAACUGAUUCAUUAGAAGGUUUGUUUCAAGUUGGGUUUACCAGUUAGAUCCUUAGGGAUUAGCAUGAAGCCAGACAGUAACAGAAUUGCCUGGCCUCUGAGAGGUUCUGAGUUUCCAGAACCUUCCUCCCACCUACCAUUGGUCUGUAUUCUUAUGUGGCCAGGGAGGGGUCCCACAGCAGAAAACUUGGCCUGAAUGGGGCCGGGGUGGGGAUGGGGGGCUGAUGACUGAACCACCGGCACCGGUAGAUAACCAUCUUUGGGGAAACUGAUCCAGACCCCUAAACACAGCAGUAAGGCAGAAGGCAAAGUUGGAGGGAGGGGUCCAGUCCCUCCCCCAAGCCCUGCUGAUUUUUGCAAAUGGCAGUUUGUAGGCAGUCCUUGAGAAUUGGGAGGGAACCCCAUCAACCAUAAAGGCAAUUGAUCCUGCCUUGUCAGUAAAGUCACUUUCUGCCCCAGAUAUCAGACCUUUUUCCUUUUUUGAUUUCUGACUUUGUAGGCAUUCUCCUACAGAUGGCAACAUAAUAAAUCUCUUUUAGUGAUACAUUAAUAAGCCACUUUUAUGGAGGGAGUGAGCUGUAUGCUUCGACAAAGGACAGAAAUCAGCCGGAUCACUGGUUUUUAUUCAUUGGACAAAUGUUGGUUGAACACCUACUCUGUUCCAGGCCAGUACUAGACAAAACAGCCUGUCUCUACUCUCUUGGGGUCCAUAGCCUGUUUUCCGUGGGAGGGGGGGGGGUCCAGUGACUGUCCUCUAUCCCUGCUCCUUUUCUAUAGAAGGGGUCAUGUUAAGGAGUUAUAGAAUCCUAGAUUCAAACCUGGAUUCAGAUUUCAGGUUUGUCAUUCACUAGUUGUGUGACCUCAGGCAAGUCACUUAACUUUUCUGAGGCUUAGAUUCCCCAUCUAUUCAAAAGAAGCCACAAAGGCCUUUGGAGCAGGGUUGGUAAAUGCAAGGAGUAAAUGCAGAGAGGGAAGUUGAGCUGUCAGGAGGCUGACUUGGAGAGUGGCACACAGUAGGUAUCCUCUGACUUGGUUACUUAUGGGUGGGAGAGCUUGGAGAGCAUCCUUAAGAUUGGAUCCUGACUGUUCUAGGCUUUGCUGGCGCAAGGUUGCAGCUGGUGGGGAGCCUCAGUCCAGAGUGACAUUCCUGAGCCAGGUCUAAACCCCUUCUCUGUGCUAAACUCCUGGAGGCUACUGGAUUCCGUGUAAGGGGGCGUGUUACAUCCUCACCACAGUAUGGACAGCUGAAGAGUCGCCAGCUCCAGUUUAGAGAUGA